AUGGAUUUAGAAACUAGUUUAAGAAGUAUAAGCAAAAGAAGAUUGAAUCAAUCAACGGGUUCAAAUAGGUCAGAUAAUGAAACUUCUGAACAUGUUGAAAGCAAUAGAGAUAAAGAUACAAGCAAUCUAUUAGCUGAAAAAAUAAAAAGAGAUAAAUAUAAAAAAAUGAGACGUAAAUAUGUUAAGAAAAUUACUAGAUCUGCUAAUAUCGAUUCAUACGAAAGUCUGGCCAAAUUUUAUGAAAGACAAGUCGAAUUUCUCAAGCGUGAAAGAAAUUGUGUUACAAGAUUUUUUAAUAAUAACAGUAUACAAGGAGAUAAUUUGUCUAUUAAAGUAGCAAGAUUACAAAUUUUAAUAGAUGAAGGUGAAACAAAUAAAGCAAGAGUUGAAGAACUUUCAAAUAAUCUUUAUAAACGAGAUACUGAAAUCAAAACCUUAAAAGAUAACAUUAAACUUCUUACAAAAGAAAAGGAUGACUUUAAAAAAUAA